CCUAACUUUGAUAUGUACAUGGCCAAGAGUGAUUAGUCCCAAUGGCCGAGCUAUGUCUGAAGCAUUACAAGAUGAAGUGAUAUCGAUCAAUGCCAUCUACGGCCCCGACACUCUGAUCGCCUCAGCCGACAAGCCCUCGUCGAUAUUCAUUUUAUCCUUGCCAUCUCGUCCAGACAUCUCCUUGCGGGUAGAGUUCCCGGAGGACUACCCUGACGCGCCACCAGUCAUUCUCGGUACGCAAUCAGUCGGUCGCAGUGAUGGCAUUGGGCCCGCGCUUGUCGAUGCCUUCUGCGACACUCUUUCCGAGGUCUACGAACCGGGCAUCCCGUGUGUCUUCGAUGUGCUCGAGGACGCCAUGGGCAGGAUUCAGGCUCUUCUCGGCGAGCCAGGCACAUCGAAAGAUGCGCUCUCACCGGGCCCUGGGGAAAUGGACGGUCAGGCGCCUGGCGCAGGUACUGAGGACAGCACUCCUGCUGACCAGAGCCAACAGCUGAAUGCCGCCGGCGAGAGCAAUGCCGGGACAGGCAACGAGUCAAGUUUAGAUACAAUGGCACCUCCCUGGUUCAUCUCCGAGGUGGUGACGGAAAAGAAAUCAGUCUUCGUAGCGCGUGCAGCAGCUGUUACUUCUGUCCAGCAGGCUCGUUCCUUUGUGGCACAUCUCCUUUCAACGGACAAGAAGGUAGCCAAGGCGACCCACAACAUCACCGCGUGGCGCUUGCGAGGUAACGCAGAUGUCGGCGGAGCUCAAUUCAAAGAUUGCGACGACGAUGGCGAGAGUGCGGCUGGUGGUCGCCUUUUGCAUCUCCUCGAGUUAAUGGGAGCUUGUGACCUCGUUGUAGUCGUAUCCAGAUGGUACGGAGGGGUUCAUCUGGGACCGGAUCGGUUUCGUCUCAUCAAUCAAUCUGCCAGAGAUGCGAUUUCCAAGGGCAAUUUCACGGCAAGCGCCCAGACUGAGACCGGUGAUGGGGGCAAGAAGAAAGGCAAGAAGUGAUUUACAAAAGUUGUUGAAUCUAUCAAUCAUGACGAGCUAUGAUAUAGAGCACGAGAUAGAAAAACGAGAUAGGGUCACAUUUUGUAAAGAUAGAUUUCAUUAGAUCGUAGACAUUGUAUACUGCUAUC